CUGUAUAUAAGCCAAUGUGCUACUGUGAUGGAGAUGGAGGAUUUCUAUUAUGUCUUCAUCAGGACUAGACCUGGCUUUAGGAGUAUAUUUUCUGGUGGUUGUUGUUUUAACUUCGCCCCUAUCAGGUAAUACCGAGAGUAGUACCAACUGCGAUAUUAACCCAACAGAAAGAUUAACUGAUUUUGCUGCAACAACGAGACAUCUACAAGAAGAUGCAAUUACUAUUAGCCCAAAGACAACAACCGGCUAUGUUGGAGGUAACAUAUCAGCUAAUGCCACUAUUCCUUUGCCUGAUGGUUGUACUGGUCCAAUAAUAUUCGUUAAUGACUAUAAGCUAUCUACUCCCUGUACCAAUCUGAUAAUAUAUCAUGGUGCUGAUGGGCGAGAGCACCUCAUUUACACUAUUAAUGGAGUGGAACAUUCAGUAAAUGGAACCAGGAUAGACGUGUGCAUAUUUUGUAUGGACCACUAUGAAUGCUUUGUUCCUGCUUACUUUUAUGUCAAAGGUCGUCCUAAUAUCAUGAACAAUGAUAUAUUAAUAAAGGUUACAUGUAAUGAAGUUGUGAUCACAGGUAAUAUUGAUAAAGACGCGAGACUUACGGUUGAAAUAAAGGACUCCUCAAACGUCACAAUCUAUAAAGAGGAUAGUCUGACUUUACCUCACUCCAUUAAUGGCUCCGUGUUUAACCCGAGGGAUGAGUAUCAACUCACUGCUGUUGCCACUAACAAAGCAGGGGAUAGCAAUCCUUUGACAUAUAAUCUCAAUUUUGAUGUCAAUAUGACAGCUGAUUUCAGCAUAGGAAGUACUGCGGUUAAAUAUGUAAAUGAUACAGUUAAAGCUUUAUUUUAUAUUACGGUCAAUAAAAGCUGUUCCCUGUUAUAUCUGGACUACUUGAAUGUGGAAUCCAGCUGUUUGGCAGGUGGACAUGCGCUUUUAUACUUAAACGAGUCUUUUUCUUUUCUUCUUGAUUUGUUGAUGGAUCAACAACAAUGUGUUAUUGAUAUUGAAUUAAAGACAACAAAGAAGGAAGCAAUAGUUGAUACUAGCCGUAUACCCAAUAUCAGGAUAUGGCCUAGAGUGACACAUGAUGGAUACUACUCCAUUAAUGCUACUCUCUUAAAUGGAGUCACUGGUGUUAUGGUACAGGUGCUAUAUCUCAAUGGGACAGUGUUCUUCAAGCAACCUAUCCUAAGGAAUUCUUUGCACCAUUAUGCUAUAGCUAACAGCAGUACUCAAUUAUCUAAUGGGACCUUUAAUGUAUUUGUGUAUCCAUUACUGAGUGAUGGAAGGUCAUUUGAUAGUAAUCAUACUGCAAUGAACUUCUCAGUAACUUGUACGAUGAGCCAUGAUCCAAGUGAUGAUACACCUACUACUAAGAAAAGGAAUGUACCUGUUGGAUUAAUCGUCAUUGUUCUGAUCUCAGUGAUCUUUGCACUACUAUUGAUUGUUGCUAUAAUUGUAGUCAUACUGCUAGGAGUGGGAGCGAGGCGUUUAAGGAGAACACGACGAUAUGCACCUCAUCAAGGAAGAAGAGAUGAUGGAGGAGGAGGAGAUGAUGGAGGAGGAGAAGGAGGAAAUGAAGGAAGAGUUGAUGAAGGAGGAGCAGUAUUGAGAGGAAUGAAUAGAGACGUAGAUAUUGAAAUUAAUGAUGUUGUUGCUAACCGUAGUGGCAAUGAAGAAAAUAAUGAUAUAGGACAAAGACAGGUACAGGUAAAUAAUGUAGAAAAUGGGGACAACACGGUCAACACUGGUGAUGAGUCUAUUAAUACUCCUACUCCUUCUCUACACAAUGGAGGACAAAUAGAACCAGCUACUGCAGAUAAACAUAAAGAAUCAGCUACUGUGGACAGCGCUUCAGCUCAAAACAGUCUCGCAAAACCAAUGGAAGCUACAGAAGUAGGUGAAGGAGAUGGCCGACCUGUUGUUAUAUCAACUGGUCAAUCUUGUAGGCCACCAGCAGCUCAAGAUACAACUUGUAGCUCUGAAGCAUAUUCAUGGACUGAACUUUUACCACAAAAUGUUGUUCCUUCAAAGAGCACAUCUAUACUGGAUGUAUUUAAGAAGAAGAAGACUCAUCAAGGACAUGAUCAGCCAGUACCACAAAAUGAAGGCUUGGAUCAGUUACAAAGAGAUGACUUUCCGUUGUCUGAACCUAUUGCUGGUACAGAUUGUGAAACAAAGCCUAAUUUUGUGCCUGGCAUGGUUAGACAAGGAAGCAUACAGGUAGAUGAUGCAGCUGCUUCAUCACAGCAAGUGUAUGUCUCUCCUGCCAGUUCUCUUAAUACACAUCAACUGAAUUGAGAAGGCCAACUAAUGAGUAUCAAACUGGACCCUAUUUUGCUACUGUACUUUCUGCCAGAUAUCAUUUUCUUGCUAUAAUCAUUAUUUUGCUGCUUUUAUUGUGCUGCUUGACCUACUUCUAGUUUCUUUUGCAACUGCUGCGUGUGCUACACUUAUUAGACUU